GACCCAAUUAAUUCCGCUCUCGAUCCGGGCACAACCUAAGCUAGUGGGUCGUCGCAGCUCACACGCCUCGUCCGACCACCAGCCCAGCUGGUCGCACGCCGCUCGCCCCCAGCCGAUCCCGGCCGCCCGAUCGAUCGAUCGGUCGGUCGAGACGUGCACGCACCGCGCAGUUCGUUCCCACGCCGGCAGCUGAGCGGCGUGCACCGCUACGAUAUAUACGGGCACGAUCAUCGCUCGGGCAGGCCGGCCGCUUCCGAAUCCACUCGCUCCCUGCACGCCACCGCUUCCGAGUCCUAGAAAACAAGCCGCGACCUCGCCCGCCGCCGCAUCCAAGCCGGCCGGCCGGAGCCAGGAACUAACCCCGGAGUAGCUAGCUAGCUACCUCACACCCAUGGCGGGGACGGCGCAUCGUCAGCGGCCGUGGGCAGCGGCGGCGCUCGUGGUGGCGGUGGCGGUGGCGGCGCUGCUGCUGGCGUCGCCGGGCGGCGCGCAGCCGCUGGCGCCCUCGCCGGCGGCGUCGGCGUCGGCGUCGGCGCCGGGGCCGGCGGGCGGGAUCGACUCGUCGUGCAUGAACUCGCUGCUCAACAUGUCGGACUGCCUGACGUACGUGACCAAGGGGAGCGCGGCGCGGCGGCCGGACGCGCCGUGCUGCCCGGAGCUGGCGGGGAUGGUGGACUCCAACCCGGUCUGCCUCUGCGAGCUCCUCUCCGGCGCCGCCGACUCCUACGGCAUCGCCGUCGACUACGCCCGCGCGCUCGCGCUCCCGGGGAUCUGCCGCGUCGCCACCCCGCCCGUCUCCACCUGCACAGCCAUGGGGUUUCACGUCCGCGUGGGCCCAGCCGCAGCGCCCGUGCCAGGGUCUCCGUCGCCCAUGUCAGGCAUGGCUCCCUCCGGGGAGGGCCCGCAGUUCCCAGGGGCAUCGCCGAUGGCCUCGCCGCCGCCGUCGACCAGCCACGCGGCGCGGCGCUUCUCCGCCGGCGGCCACCUCGCCGCCCUCGCGGUGCUGCCGCUGGCCGCCGCCGCCGCCGCCGUCAGCGGGAUGCUCUAGUUAGAGCCGUAGAGGGCGUUCUACAACCCGAAGCAUUCGAUCAGGUCGUCGGAACGGGAUCGGAGUGCAGAGAUCGUAUCAGAGCGGUCCACGAUGGCUUUGAUCCAUUCCUUCUGUCUCGAACCCAACAUUGUCCUGCACAUUGCAUGUAUCUAUGCUUAUCAUCAUGUCCUGUACUGCUAGCUAUUGUAUACCGUGGUGGCUAAGCUCGUAUGGCAUUGGCCUGUGUUCUUGGCUGCUGAUGAGAAGAUUACAUUUUGAUGCGUAGUGUCAGUGACAUACAUAA